CCCCUUCUAUUCUUGCAUUACCACUUGUAGUCCCUGAAACUACAGAAAGCAGGGGACUGUGUUGCAGCUUGUUGUAGCUGAAAGUUGAAUCGAGUUACGUGGAGCAUAUAAGAUAUUUAUAAAUAAUUCCGCGAAAUGGACACGGAAGAAAUUUGUAGUAUUAAUAUUUUCCCGUUAGUAACAAUUCCAUUCGCGGUACAAUGGUCGCCCGACAAUCAGAUCUCGUUAAUUACAGAAGGAGGUGUCCACGUGUUGGAAUUGCAACCUUCUCCCAUGUCCCCCAAUCCAAUUGUCAAGUUCACCCGGUCAUUUGUCAAUGCUACUGAUAUUUUGCCAGCAUGUGCGUUUGAAAAUGAGAUAGAAUCCAUGGUGUGGAAAUUAGAACGCAAAGAAGUAUAUUCUCUCCUCAUGGAAGAGGCAAUAACACCAAAGUUAGAAAAUGUAAAUGAUACUGUCCUCAGGAUAAUCAAAGUUGAAUGGUCACCAAAAAAUUUGAUUUAUCCGAGUCAGUGUAUAUUAGCCAUAUUAACUGCAGCGGGAGCGAUUGAAUUAUUGCAUAAAGUUUCCAACGAAUGGUAUUCUAUAUGUGACAUAUCAGCUCUAAGGUUGAAUAUCGUGCAAAAGACUAUUAAAUCAAGUCUUAAUAAAUGUGUGAAUUCUCCCAACAAUGUGAACAAGUAUGUUAGAAUAACUGAUAGCAUGAGAAUGUUACAAGCUUGCUCAAUGGCAUGGAGUGAGCUUUUCCAAGUGGAAAAAAAUUCCUUUGCAUACUUUGCUGUUGCUUAUCGCAGUGGUGAUAUAUCAAUCUGGAAGAUUCACAGAAUUUCAGAUUUCAAAGUAGGUUUGAAACCUACUCUAGUUUGUAGAAUAGAGUUGAAAAUUACAGUAAAAAUCAAUGUAUUGUGCUGGAUCAGCAUCAACGAAAAUGAACACUUGCUCAUUGUUGGAUAUAUUAACGGGUGUAUUUAUGGUGUAAAAUUGAUAUAUGACACUAACAGCCUAGAAAUUGAAUCAAUAGUAAAAUAUACUGAUAAUGACCGUAUAGCAAUUAAUUACAUCCAUGUCAUUUAUAAAGAUAAAUCAAGUAUAAAAAUUCUUGCUGUCAAAGGUGUCUGUCUUUUACUUUUAUGCAUAAAUUGGACAGGAUUAUUGAAAAAUAUACAAUAUCUGCGAACAGAAGGAUUCAAUAUUACAGGUAUAAGCUCUAUUACUGCUGAAAAAUUCUUGAUUAGCACCCAGCAAGCUCACAUCUUUAUUCUUGAUACACGGUCAAAUGAUUUAAUGUGUAUUGACAUCACAACUCACUUGCCACAGAUGCGUGUUCAAUAUUUAGGACUUGCCCACUCGCCAAAUAAAGUUAUGUUUAUAAAUAUAACUAGUCCAAAUAUGGUAUUUGAUCAUUUGCUAGUGAGGGAACCAACUACAAUACACAUAUUCGCUUUAAAAGGUGCAACUUGGGAUCCAUUAGCCAUUAUUAAUAGUAGUACAAAUCUCAAAAAUAUUUGGGACUGUAUAGAGGUGCUCCGAGUGAAAGCUGCCAAAGCAGAAGACCCAAGUACUGUGUUAUGUCCGACAAUAAAUAAGCUGGAAUCAUCACCGCUGUAUGACUUGCAAAUAUCGAUGUGGUUGACAGUGAUGAUAAAUGUAUGUAAAGUUAAGAAGUCGAUUCCAAGUAUGGAUCACAUAAGGCAAAGUAAGAUAUCGCAAGAGCUCCCAUUGAUAUUUAUACAUUCCGCUUGUGCAUAUCUUAAUAAUUUAGUGAGGAGAAAGGUCAUAGAUGAACAAAAACGUGCUGCAACUUUGCUGAGAAAAUACUUGAAAGUAUACCUCGCAAAUGAAGCAAAUGAAAAAGACGAGAGAGAUGAGAAAGCACGUCAGUGUGCUCGGGAAGCAUUAAAAAAAACCAAUUACUGCACUAUCGUGACGGACAAAUGCGAUUUGUGUCGCGAGAAAAUAGAUGACCUUUCAUGGGCCGUCACGUCGUGUCCGUCGGGUCAUAAGUUACCUAGGUGUGCAAUGACAUUAUUACAGAUCAUGUCUUUGGAAUAUCUGGUCUGUCGAAUAUGCGGACAGAUGUUUCAUUCGUGUUUGAUGCAAGAGAACGAAGAACCAUGUUGUCAGUUUUGCGACAUCCCUCUUGUACAUAGCGAGUACGCUCUCGACCUGGAGACAUCGGAGUUAUACGGAAGAAAUUUGUCGCAACUGCGAGUCAAUGUUGCGGAAUCGUCCAAGGAACAAGACUUAGAAGAGCCGCACAAGAGGCAAAGUAAAAACGAUAAGUGGGACACUUUGGAUACGUACGCGAUAAUUGUCAAUAACGGUGAUAACGAAUCGGAUCGAAUUACGGAAACGUGGAAGGAAUUUUAAUAAUUAUUGCAAGACAUUUGUAAAUACUGGAUAUUGAUUAUUUUCAAACAAUGCAUUCUAAAUAUAUUUAUUGUACAUAUAGGAGACUAUUUAUUAUAAAAAUGAAUAUUCUAAGAUUUGUUAAAAGUUGUGACUCUUAAACUGCUCCACUUGCAAAUAUCAGGCGUUUAUAUAUUUAUAUGCUUGUAAUUAUUAACAAUCCAAUUUUAGAAUACAAAGACAUAGCAAAUAC